CACAGUACUCAGCUCUGGCCUUUGUGAUGCUGAUGUCAGAUGAGGAGCUGGAUGUGUUUGACCUGAAGAAAUACAUCAGAUCAGAUAAACAGCACUGCAGGCUGCUGCCUGUGGUCAAGAACUCCAGGACGGCUCUGCUGAACAGCUGUGAUCUCAUAGAUAAACACUGUGAAGUGCUGUCUUCAGCUCUCAGAUCAAACUCUUCCCCCCUGAGAGAGCUGGACCUGAGUGACAAUAACCUGAAGGAUUCAGGAGUGAAGCUGCUCUCUGCUGCACUGGGGGAUUUACACUGUAAACUGGAGAUACUGAGGCUGUCAGGCUGUAGAGUCACAGAAGAAGGCUGUUCUUCCCUGGCUUCAGCUCUGAGGUCAAACCCCUCACACCUGAGAGAGCUGGACCUGAGCUACAAUCACCCAGGAGACUCAGGAGUGAAGCUGCUCUCUGCUGUACUGGAGGAUCCCAGCUGUAAACUGGAGAAUCUGAAUGUGGAUCACGGUGGAGAGUGCAGGACCAGACCAGGCUUACAGAAAUACUCCUGCCAGCUGACGCUGGACCCCAACACAGCAAACAGAUUCCUGUCUCUGUCAGGGGGUAACAGGAAGGUGACAGGGGGGGCAGAGCAGCCAUAUCCUGAUCAUCCAGAGAGAUUUGACAGCCGCCCCCAAGUUCUGUGCAGAGAGAGUCUGACUGGCCGCUGUUACUGGGAGGCUGAGUGUGAUGGAGAUGCAGCCUGGAUAGGAGUGACUUAUAAAGGGAUCAGGAGGAAAGGAGGGAGUGACUGUGUGUUUGGAUACAAUGACAAGUCAUGGAUUCUGUGCUGUGAUACUGACAGUUACUCUGUCCGGCACAAUGGUAAACAAACUUUCAUACCCAUACAGCCCUCAGGCUCCCGCAGAGUAGGAGUGUAUCUGGACUGGGGGGCUGGUGCUCUGUCCUUCUACAGAGUCUCCUCUGAUGGACUGACCCCCCUGUACAGAUUCACCUCCUCAUUCACUGAACCCCUCUAUCCAGGGUUUUAUGUUUUUAAAUCCUCAGUAUCACUGUGA